CUGAAGGGAAAACCCUAGAGUUUGCUGAGGGAAAAAAGGUGAAAUGUAAAAGCUCCAAAGUGAGAGUUGAAAUUUAACACAUAUACAAAUAUACGCGUAGCACCGAGGGGCGAGUGAACGCCGUGCAGAGCGAGGGGAGAGCGAGUGUGUGUGUGUGUGAGCGUGCAAGACAGCAGAAAACAGCCAAGCAGCAAAAAUGACGACUUUCCCGUCGCGGAAAUGUAAAAUUUUCAGCACCGUUCGAGGGAAAUCGGGAUCCGGACAGCUCCUCCUGGUGCAACUCAGUCUAGUCUACGUUCUAUUCGCGAUCGUUGCGGAUUCCCAAGCACCGGAGGACGGUCCCUAUCGGGGCAAGUACAUCGGCAAGUUCAACUCGUACCACCACCAAGCAUCGGGGGACGUGUACGCCGUGGAUGAGUUCACCUUCCUGGUGACGGGAUUCAAUUACGAUGGCAAUGGCGUGGAUACGUUCUUCUGGUCCGGUGCUAGUAACCGGCCUGGGCCACAGGGUUUCAUCGUGCCUGACGAAUUCGGCAAAACCAACAUCCUCGAGCGGUACUUCAACAAAGACUUCACCCUGCGGCUGCCGGACAACAAGAAGAUCACCGAGGUCAAGUGGCUGGCGAUCUACGAUCUGAACUCGCAGAACAACUUUGCCGAUGUGUACAUUCCGGAGGACUUCGAACCGCCCGUUCCGCAGAAGGCAGGCAGUUUGUCCAAGAACAGUCACGGGGUGAGCAGCGAGGCGAUUGACAUUCUGGACUCGAAGACGCUCCGCUUUCCGGAGUUUAGCUACGACGGCAAGGGAAGGGAGGUGCACUUUUGGGUCGGAGUAGGACCGUCGCCGUCGUCCAAGGGACGCAAGAUUCCGGAUGAGAUGGGAUACUUGGAUCCGAUUCGGGCGUACGAUCGGGAAAUCAUCACCUUGGAGCUGCCGGGCGACAUGACCAUCUUCGAUAUCGACUGGUUCUCGGUGUACGACGUGGCGACGAAGGAGGAUUUCGGUUCUUUCCUCAUUUCGGACGAUCUGAACGUUCCGCCGUCGCUGGUCAAGGUGACUCCACACGCUGAAUCGCUACCGAACUGUCGUCAGCUGCACAAGGACUAUCGAGUGUCGUGGGAGGUUUUCGGACCGCAGGUUACCUUCCAGCUGGCAGGGAACGUGAAGGAGGACGAAUAUAUGGCCUUCGGUAUCAGCGGUUCGGACAGCCAAAGUCAGAUGCAGGGUGCCGACGUGGUGGUAGCCUAUAUUGAUGGCCAUCAAGGCUAUGCGGUGGAUUAUAACAUAACCUCACUGGCACCGUGCGUUCAGGUGCUUGGUCAGAACAAAGGUGUCUGCCGGGAUGACGUCGUUGGAGGUCAAGACAGUUAUCAGUUGCAUACGUUCAACCGCGAGAAUGGAAUCAACACGAUCACCUUCCGUAGGAUGUUGAUUUCGCCGGAUAAUGGCGACAAGGAGUUCGUGUUGGAUCACCCGAUGUACAUGAUUUGGGCUAUGGGUCGGUUGGAUUCGAACAACGAGCCCACCUACCAUGACAUCUACCCUAAGAAGGACAUUGUGAUAACGUUCAACACUUCGGAAUCGGUCAACGAUUGCUUCAGCUUUACCCGAAGUGAGAUGAAUCUGAAGGACGUCUGGGAGAAGUCGCAAAUCUUCGACCGGACCAUCCGAUCGUUCACGGCAACGCUGGGUCCAGCGGGGGGCAAACGUGGCUACCAGGGAAUUACCGGACACGUUUCUAACGGGUUGGCUUGGUACAUUAAUGGGUUCCUGGUUCCGGAGUUGUGGCUUCGACGAGGUCUAACGUAUUCCUUCAAAAUCCGUGGAGGGAACAAUCCACAUUCACCGGAAUACUACCACCCGUUGGUCAUCACGGACGAACCCCGCGGGGGUUUCGAUCGCCUAUCGGACGCCAAGCAGAGUGAAAUCCGCGUCCUCGCCGGUGUGGAGUUCACGCGCCGCGGUCGACCGAAGCCAACGGCAGCCGGGCCGCUCUGCCUGGCACGGCACUCGGACACGCAGGACCGCCGGUUGGACGAUAAUUUUGCCACGUUCAAAAAGUUCAACCGAACGCUCAAGUGGAGCUGCGAGUCGGGCGAUCCGGCACUCCUGGAGAUCACGCCCAAUUCCAGCUGGCCGGACGUGGUGUACUACAACAGUUUCACGCACGCGAACAUGGGCUGGAAGAUCCACGUCGUGGACAGCUAUAGUGCCUCGGCGAGAAGUGGUGCGGGCGGGCGGCGGGUGACGUCCUGGGCUGAGGUAAGACUGAUUGCGGCUGGCGUCGGCGCAGCGCUGCUGCUUCUGCGGGGAUUAUUCUCCGGUGGAGCACGUGGUGGGUUGUGAUCU